UUACUGGAUGCUUCCAAAUGCUUGGAAUUACAAGGCCGAACCGAUACUCCUAGUGGUGCAAGAAAUAACCCAACAGAAACCAAUCAAGCUAAAAGAGAGGUUUCUGUUCUUGAAAAUGUGUAUUGGAAGCAACUUGGAAUUAUUGCUUCUGAGUGGCUCAUAAUACUUGGAUUGCAGAUUGCCAAGAAUUAUGUGACAAUUUGUUCGGCGGCAUAUUGGUCAUUAGAUCUCUUACAGAUUCCGGUGGUUGUUGGACCAAGUUCAUAUCAGGCAAUCAAACUAUACCAAGGGCAGAGAGUAGUUGCAUCUCAGGGAUCAGAAACAGGUGCAAACUGGACAAUCUACAAGCUUGUUUUUUAUUGUGCCAGUGGAAUAGCAGCAGGGAUAGUUGCUGGACUGCUUGGUCUUGGUGGAGGUUUAUUUAUGGGCCCACUCUUUUUGGAGAUGGGUAUCCCUCCUCAGGUGUCAAGUGCCACAGCCACCUUUAUCAUGACAUUCUCUUCAUCCAUGUCAGUGGUAGAAUACUACCUCCUGAAACGAUUUCCAAUUCCCUAUGCUCUGUACUUUGCUGGUGUGGCUACUGUUUCUUCGAUCCUAGGCCAACACGUAGGAGAGAAAGUGAUUAAAGCAUUGGGAAGAGCAUCUUUGAUCAUCUUCAUUCUAGCUUUCACAGCAUUUGCGAGUGCACUCUCAUUAGGAGGAGUAGGCUUAGCACAUUUGGUUACAAAGAUUCAGCACAAGGAGUACUUGUGGUUUGAGAAUAUGUGCACUCAUAAAUCCUAA